AACUGUCUGGACAUGGGGACUUAGGAGGAGCUAGGAUGAAAGGCCUCCUUGUUGCUUAGCCUUGGCAGGGCUCUUCUGGAAGCCAGGCUCUCUCCUAGUCUAAGAAGGCAAGCUUUUUGCUGGAUUACAAAGUCCUCUCUGGUCGUGGCCACGGUCUGUCUACCCCACUCAGCGCCCGCCCUGUGUCCACACAUGCUUGUCAGACUGGACUGAGGAAGCCCACAACUGGGGUGGGUUUGGAAUUUCCAGUCCCUGUCAGCAUCUUACACUCCCAGGGUGGUUUCUUUCAGACUUAGCUCAGUUUUCUUUAGCCUCUCAGUUUCCGGGUCCAAUCUAAGCUACCAGACAGGCUCUGCCAAACCAGAGGCCCAGAUGGGGUCUGCCACUCCAGCCACUGUGAGCAGCUUUGGUUUGAGCCCAAAUGCCAGGACUGGAGAAGUGUUGACAAGGUUGAGACUCAGCUGACCAGUACUGAUAUCAACAGACCGUAAGACUGAUAGAACAGACUCUUUAAGUCUGAAGGUGACUGCUUCCCCCUCUGUCAUGAUUGUAAGUUUCCUGAGGCCUCCCCAGCCAUGCACAACUUUUGUACGGUGGAAGCAAGUCCUGACCUGGCUCUUGUGAAUACAGCUCUUCCAUCUCUUGUGCCAGCACCUGCUGCUGCUCCAGUUUGAAGCCCUAACCUUUAAUGUGACCAAAUUUGGAUACAGAGUCCUUUAAAAUGGUAAUUAAGGUUAAAUGAGAUCAUAAGGGUGGAGCUCCAAUCCAAUAUGACCAGUGUUUUAGAAGAAGAGAAAGACUCCAAGGAUGCAUGCACACAGAGGAACAGCCAUGUGAGCACGCAGCGAGACAACAGCCAUCUGCAUGCAAGGAGAGAGGCCUCAGAGAAACCAGCCCUGCCUGAUGAAGUUGAAUUAACAGAUCCUCCACUUCUUCUCCCUUGGCUACCCCUGAGAUAGCAAGAUCAAUCCUUCCUCUUCUUCCUCCUUCUCAGUCUACACAACAAGAAGACGACAAGGAUGAAGGCCUUUAUCAUGACUCACUUCCACUCAAUGAAUAAUACAGAAGCUUCUGAGAGGUAACUCACCCAAAGUUACAAAGCCAAUUAAAGUGGUAAAAAUUGGGCCCUACUCAGGCCUGUUGGCUUCCUGAAGUAACACAGCAAUUGAGUAGAAACGGCUGCUGGAAAUUCUUCAUAGUUAAGGAUCACAUGAACACAAUCCAGUACAAAUGGGUCCAGGAGCUUCAACGAGCGUUCCAGCUUCUUCGUAAAGUUCCCACACCGUGCAACAAGCGGAGGGAAGAGAACUUCCGGCGCCCCCACCUACCGCUCCCCAGCCGUGUCCCGCUGCUCUAAAGCUGCAGACUUGAUCGAUUGCUUCUGCCUGGGCGGUACCGCCCGAAUCGACUGCUCCUGUCUGAUGCGUCCCCAGGCGCGGGAAACGAGUUUCAAUCCACUUUCCUGACCCCAACCAUCUGCCCGGUUUCCGCUUCCCCGUCUUGUACACACCUAACUCCUGAGGCUCCUCCGAAUCACGCGAGUGGAAGCGGAGAAGCUCAAGUGGCCGCCAUGUCGGAGGCUUAUUUCCGAGUGGAGUCGGGUGCGCUGGGGCCUGAGGAGAACUUUCUUUCUUUGGACGACAUCCUGAUGUCCCACGAGAAGCUGUCGGUGCGCACGGAGACCGCCAUGCCUCGCCUUGGCGCUUUCUUCCUGGAGCGGAGCGCAGGCGCCGAGACUGACAACGCGGUCCCACAGGGUUCCAAGCUUGAACUACCCUUGUGGCUGGCAAAAGGACUUUUUGACAACAAGCGACGGAUCCUUUCUGUGGAACUCCCCAAGAUCUACCAAGAGGGUUGGAGGACUGUGUUCAGUGCGGAUCCCAAUGUGGUGGACCUCCACAAAAUGGGGCCCCAUUUCUACGGGUUUGGCUCCCAACUCCUGCAUUUUGACAGUCCCGAGAAUGCAGACAUUUCCCAGUCUCUGCUGCAGACUUUUAUUGGACGUUUUCGCCGCAUCAUGGACUCGUCACAGAACGCUUACAACGAAGACACUUCAGCCCUGGUAGCCAGGCUAGACGAGAUGGAGAGGGGCUUAUUUCAAAUAGGGCAGAAUGGACUGAAUGACUUUCAGUGUUGGGAGAAGGGGCAGGCUUCUCAGAUCACAGCUUCCAACCUCGUUCAGAAUUACAAGAAGAGAAAAUUCACUGAUAUGGAAGACUGAAGGCCGGAAGAACACAGAAUGGCUCCUUGUAGACGUAUCCCUCCAUGUGUCCUUGAUAGGAGCUGGCAGACCUUGUACAGAACCAGAAUCCUGCCCCAUUUCAUGACUUAUUUCCUGUGGCCAUAGAGAAUUAUAGGGAACUGGACAUGCUGGAGGAUGUGGGUGUCCCUGGCUCUGUGAGUCUUCCAGGACCGUCCCACCCUGCUGACCCACAGCCCAGGCCCUUUAACCCAAAAACCCACGGCCAAGGAGAAAUCAAAGUCCUUCCUAAGUAAGAAUCAUUGCUAUAUGAUAUAUCACAGUAGAGUUGCAACUGGGAUUCUUUGUGUCUGGGAGUUUGGACACCUUCACUAGCCACAAAGCACAGGUAACAAACUGGGUCAUCGCCUGUUCACAAAAUGCUCUCUUGAUCUUAUUUGCCUCAUCUUCCUCAUGGUUGUACAGAGGAUAGCACCCCACCUUGCCGGCCUGACUUGGAGAUAUCUCCUGCUGCCUGCCUGCAGGGAGUUACCCCAGUUUCCAAAAACAGUCGCCCAGAUAAAGGAGAAAAAGGGAAAGGCAGAUGAAUGGCAUGGCUUUUACUAAAGAAAAGAUGUUGGCCUCAUACUCUGUACUCAGGGCUUAAUGAACUGGAAUCUGCAUAACUCAGAAGUCAACCCGGAAGGGAAAUGGUUAAAUUGAGCUUGUUUUUGCCUCUGAGAGCCUAAAAGCACCCGCACACUUAUUCCACUCCCUGUCUAGAAAAGCUGUCAGGGAGUCAUUUGGAAUUGCAAAGUAGUUAUUAAGGGGUGUUAACCAGCCUGCAUUACAUCCGGAAGUCAGGACUUGGUUGCUGACUAUGAAGGGCCCUGUUUUCGAAAUCUAACAUUGCGAGUGUAAAUGGGCAAGAAGCCUCCGUUGUGCUUUUUUUUCCUCUUCAGUAAAUUUUGCAACAUUAUUGCAUAGAAGAUCCCUGACCAUUUACUAGGAACCUGGUUAAGCAAGCACUAAUCUCUUUUCCUGGAGAUCAAGGAUGCAACCUCAGGUUGAGAAAGAAACAGUGUUCCCUGGGCCCAUUAGACUGCUUGCAGGGCAUCACUGCUUCCCCCGACACCCCACAACUAGCAAAAAUUGUCUUUGUCUUUGGAAAUUAUAGAGGGAUUUGGGUAUCCAGAUUGUGCAGAUGCAAACUUAGACUGUCUUGAUGCAAACUUAGAACCACAGAAAUGCUUUUAAAAUGCCUGUUUUAAGAUGGAAUUGAUGUUUUUAUAAUUUGAUUUUAGUGCUAAAUAAAUGAUUGGCUUUGUACAUGAA